GGUCUGGGGUCUUGACGCGUUGGAAAGUUCAAGGCCCCUUAAUGCGCUGCACGACGCUGCUCGUGCAGGGAACUUGGAGAUGAUAACCUAUCUCGUCGAGGACCGCGGCAUUCCGGUGGACAGCUCGGAUGAGUUGGGCGCUACGCCAAUUUACUACGCCUGCGAGUACCAUCCCUCCAGCCACAAUCCACACAAGGAACAGGAAGUUGUGUCGCAUCUGCUGAGCCUUGGGGCGAAGGUGCAGAUAAGGUUCUCGUCCUCUCUUGACGAUUCAAGUCUAGUUGAUGUCGACACUGCACUCGAUUAUGCCAUUAUCAGAGGUAAUAUCGAGGCCGCCAAGCGGCUUGCGAUGGUAGAGGACUGCCUUUGGUUUAUCCCUUAUGGAUGCAGCGGUCCCAGGCUUUCACUGCUAAGGCGGUUGUUUACGCCGUCGGGCGAUGCACACGAAAAUUACUGGGAUCUGACGCUCGACUCGCUCGCCGCAAUCAGCGAAGACCUCAUCCGGCAGACCAAACAGACGCACCGGCCGGAAUAUGCUGCGCUUCAAUAUGAACUCCAGUCGACCUUUCUCCUCGUCUGUCAGCUCUCCUGCAAGCUAGAUCGCGACUGUGUGGACAUUCUCCGCCCCUUGGUGGAAGCAUUGGAUCUGGACGACGCAGUGACUCUCCAGCAGGCUCCCCCCUCCUUGGACUUCAUAAGAUGGAGCUAUCUGGAACGAAAAGACUUAUGGGGCGCAGCCUGUCCCCCUAUGAUGCAUUACGACAAAGAGCGUCACGAGUUAUCGGGCUCUUCUCUCGGCAUGCUCGCUCUCUGUGUCACGAUUGGUGCGAUGGACUGGGAACAUCAGAAGCGGGCCUUGACGACCUUGGAUAGGCUGAUGACCUGGGGCGCCAAUCCGAUCGGCAUGCGGGACACCGAUCCGGACCCGUCUCUCACCCCGUUCGUCUACUUGAUGAAGAAGCUCAUGGUGAGCAACUUGCGAGAAAACGAGCCGCUUCCCGCUCCGCUAGGCUCAGUCGGCCCCCUUUAUCCGACUUCUUGCGCAAGAGGGAGCGUGGUUCCCAUCCGGAAAGGAUGAUCUCAAAGGGGUUGCUCGGGUGUACGAAGCCUGGGAGGUUUUUGUUCGCGACUUACAUGAGAGACCGGACAUCACGCCGGA